AUGCGCGAUGGAUUCCAAAUGGUGGCGCGUAUCCCAUACCCGGCUACGAUUCCCAAGUACUUCACUAUCGCUAAUGAAGUGGCUACUAUGGCCUUACUCCGUUCCUCUGGGCUGCCUAUACCUGAGGUAUACGGAUACUCUCCUGCGCCGGACAACGCGGCAGGGACCGAGUAUAUCUUUAUGGAAUUCGUUGAAGGCACUAGCUUGAGCGACAUAUGGUUUGGUCUAGGGGAAGGGGACAUUAUUUCAAUCUCACGCCAACUUGCUGAACUCGAGUCGAAGAUGAUGUCGAUUGCUUUCCCGGCUGGCGGAAGCCUGUACUAUGCAAAAGACUUGGAGAAGGUGGCCGGGAGGCCGGGCAUCCCGCUAGAGGACGAGCAUUUCUGCGUCGGUCCAGAUACAAGACUGCCUCUGUGGUAUGGCAGGAGAUCACAGCUCGAUGUAGAUCGAGGACCAUAUGAAAGUGCCGAAGCAGCACUCGUAAGAGGAGCCGAAAAGGAACUAGCUUAUCUGGAGCAGUUCGGUCGACCGCUGUUGCCGUUCCAGCGCGUAAGGAGGGAAGGUUACCGGUACCAGGAGCAGCCGCCGUCGGAUCACAUCGAGAACCUGCACCGCUAUCUCCUCAUCGCGUCGUCACUCAUUCCUAGGAACCCGGCCCUCGGUCAUUUUUGCAUCCGGCAUCCCGACCCCCAGCCGAGCAAUAUCAUCAACUACGAUGAUCCUAUCUCGCAAUUUAUGACGCGGCCUUCGCUACCGGAGAAUUUGGAUGACUUGGACGAAACCCAGCAAAGCCGAGAGAAGGAACUCUAUCGUCGCCGUCUCGUCCAUUACCACUACGUCAAAAACACGGAGGAGUACAAUGAGCUUCAUUAUGUGGCAUUGACGGAAGCCAUGGGCAUGCUCCGCCGCCGCCUCUUCUGCUACGCCAGUGACCCAUGGGAGGGUGAAACUCUCGCGCUGAAGGUUGCGCUGAUAGAAGCAACGGAGAACUGGGAGACGCUUACGGGGGGAGGCCCGCCGUGUCCUGUCGUGUUCGACGCCGAGGACGUACGCGAGACGAUGGAGCUGGAUGCAGAACAGAGAGGAGCGGACGAGACUCUAGAGGCGUGCCGGAACAUGAUCGGCUGCGGGCCGGAGGGCUGGGCGCCCACCGAGCGCUAUGAGGAGGUCAUGACACGCAGCAAGCAGCUGAAGGAGGAUACAUUGGCGGAGGCCAGGUCGGAGGAGGAACGGGCUCAGAUCGCGGCGCACUGGCCCUUGGACGACAUGGACGAAAAGGAAUACAUGUAA